GUCAAGUAAAGCAAAAGUAAAAGUAUGCUCCCGCUCUCAAAAUACAGCCGCCUCAGAACGCCUAGUCAAGGCUUGCUAACCUUUAUGUUGUUUGUGGUGCGAGUAUCACAGGGGACGCAGCUUAUUCGGCUGCACAUGAACUUCGUAGCAAGCAGACCACGAAAAGAACACAACAAUGACUCCUACACCUCCAACAACAUUGACAACCUUGAAGAGACCUACUAAGCCCACAGCCCAUGAGCACAUCAUGAGCACGAGCACAUUCACUACUAUGGAGGAUUUCAUGGAGAUAAUUAGGGCAAAUGACCUAGCUUCCAGUGCCAACUACUGCUACGCACUUUUUGCCGCACUCGGCUUCGCGUCUGCGCUCUUCCUCUACUUCAGCUUCGAGAAAUCCUACCGGAAGACCAGGAAGAAAUGGACUUGGAUGGACAGCAUCCUUUGCACCUACUCCAUUUGCGAAUUCUAUGUGAUUCUCAUCUCCAUCUCUUCUCUGGCACACCGGCCCAAGUACAUGAUGACCACGAACCUCGGCUGUGCCUUCCUGUCCUUUUCCUUCAAUGUGGCUUGCCUCAUCGGGGCACUCCAUCAGACGUUAAUGCUGUUCUUCCUCGCGUUUCGCCAGGACUCGUCUAUACCUGACCGUCUUCUUAAAGUCCUGGACAACCCUGCUUCAUGUGCAGUGGGGAUGUCCAUUGUCUCGCUCAUAUUGUCCAUAAUCCUGGCGGUGCUGCGAGGUCCACAUGGGCACCUGGAUAACAUCGCAGAAUGCCAACUAGAUGCUAGCCCCUCAGCCACUUACAGAGUUGCCAAGUUCAUUAUAAGUUUCGUCUUGCCCAAUAUCAUCACAGUGAUCCUCUUGGUCAUUGGGAAGUGGUCAAACAAAAACUUCCUGCAAAGUCUCAAGAAAAAGGCCAUUUUCCCCACGGUCAUCCUGGUCACCUUCUUCACCAGGCUUUACUACCAUGUCUUCCUAUUGAAAACAGAAAGCACACUUGACUUGCCCUAUCAGGCGGCCAUGAUGAGUGUGGCAGAGUAUGUGCUCUUCGGCGGUAGUUGCGUCAACCUGGUGCUGGUGCUCUGGCUUCAUGAGCCAUGCCGGAAGACCCUACAGCACACUGUGGAUGACCUGCGUGAUUGCAUCACUGGACGAGAAGCCAGAAGCCAGGACAUGACCCCUCGCGUAGUGAUUUCAGAGACACCGGAGAACAUUGAGCUUCAGGGACUCCAGUAAUAAAUCUUAAGCCUUUGCGAAGGAUGAAGGUCCCCGGCAUGCAAAGGCGGCACUGAGCGUUCCCGCAGAUGGCCGCCACUGGGGUGCUGAGCACGCACUUCCCGCCACGAUUACGUAAGAGCAGCUGAGAGCCCACUGUGCCAGUCGCAUUCAGCCAGGCCCCAACACUCAUCCAAAGACCCGUACCCUUUCUGUGACCUCACAUCAAGCGGAUGGCUUCCAAGUCACAGCUCAAGCAAGGACAAGGGACAAGGGAAGAAAACCAAGGUUACAGAAUGAGGCUAGCGUCGGCUCCUGGGGAAAACUACGCAAGAAUUAUCUGCAGGUGACACCCACUCCAAACGCACCUGAAAUCCACAGAAAGGCAUUCAAGGUUUCAGCAGCCAAUCUGAGAUAUCAAUAAAUAUUAUGACAUUUGUGUAUACUUUGGCAGAGGUGGGUAGUAACGCGUUACAUUUACUCCGUUACAUUUACUUAAGUAACUUUUUGGGAAAAUUGUACUUGUAAGAGUAGUUUUAAUGCAUGAUACUUUUACUCUUACUUGAGUAAGAAAUUUCAAGAAGAAACGGUACUUUUACUCCGUUAUUUUAAGACAUAUGUUGCUCGCUACUCGCUACUUUCAUUUUAAUAAUCUGUUAUUUGCUACACAGGUGCUUUUUUGUCAUACUAGUCCAAGGGUUCUGUCACAUGAUUCUUUUUCGCCAAUCAAAUGUAGCUAAUAACGCGUCACUCAGUUUCACCAAUCAAAUGGAGCCAUACAGUCACAUGACCACACAAAAUUUACGCGGCGCCGCACAGAGCAGUGACUGAAAGGAGAAAACAAUCGCGCAAACAACGGUGUGUGAUUUUGAACCAGAAGAAGCAGAACACCCCUGGCCUCACAUUCGAUCAAUGUUUUCAUUGCAGAUUAUAAGACAGAACAGCUAUGUCAUACACUGUCUUAUGUGUCUGCCUAAGCGUGUCGACAUUUCAACCUACAAGAACUCGACUUCGAACUUGAGGAAGCACGUUGCGGUAUGUUGUAGUAUAUGUGUUUUGGCUGUGGAUUUUAUAACGUAAUAACGUCAUAAAUAACUGUCAAAUGUACAUUGCUUUUGAGUAAUUUAUCACACUGCAGCCUCACAGACAGACACACAUACACACACACACACACACACACACACAAUGCACAGCCUGUUCCUCCGUAUAAUCCUAUUGUUAUUGUUACGAUGUUAUUAGCAUUUCCUGUGGUUGAAUUUGCUUUAAUUUCUGUUUGUUAAUAUUUUGUCAUUUUGUGAAAACGUUAUUGUUUUAGUUAAAGAAUUUGCAUUGCUAUUUUGUUUUUGUCUAUUUGACUACAUUCAUGUUCUGAAACAAUAAAUCAAAAGUUACUCAAGUUA